AUGACCAACUGGACUGGUUUUCAGAAGGAACAGAAAGGACAAGCCUCUAGGGGAAAAGAGCAGGGCUGCGCCUGCCAAAUUGCGAACACUCAGUCCCAAGAGAGGAGAAAAAAGGCCUAUGAGGCAGGAGCAAACGACGAACAGAAAGUUGACAAGGGGAUGGAAGGGAAGCAAGUGCGGAGGCCAAGACUGGUUCGGCCAAUGGGAUACUCCUGUAAGCGAGAUCGAUCCACUUCCUCGCCGUCUUCGCAGUGCCCAGCGCGUCCCACGGUGUUUGACAGGUCGAGGCCAGGCCCGGCCAAGGCACCGCGCCUGAGCCCAGACCCCAUCCGAUGUUUCUUGCCACCAAGAAGCCCUAAAGCCGCUGAAGCCCACUGA